UGCUCCCAGAAGGUACCUGCGUCGCUUGUGGUCCCGUUUUCGCGCUUUUUAAUCCAUCCUGCUCUUGUGCGCUUUUUAUAUUUUGAGCUCAUGUUUGUAAUUUAUCGUUUCUUCGUUUCAGUUUAAUAAUGACUUGGUAAAAAUAUCAUAGAUUGUUCACCAGACAGCUAGCUGGUGCGAUGCGAGCCUUGAACGCUAAAGGAAGGAAUAGUGCAUAGAGAUUUGAACCGCAGAAUAUCUUGUUGAAAUUCGAUCCAAAGUUUACUGCAUGUGAUAGAAAAGAUUCUAGGAUGUAUUCGAGACCGGAAAAGUCAUAUUGAAAAUAGUUGUAGGUGGUGUAGCUCAUUUCGGAUUUGCCCGAGUUUUAAUGGACGGAGUAAUGGCUGCUACGAUGCGUGGAUCUCCUACAUGCACGGCACCGGAAAUAAUAAUGUCACGAAAAUACGAUGCCAAAGCUGACUUGUGAAGUUUAAGAACAAUAAUGUAUCAAUGUUUGCUGAGUUACGUUCCUUUCAGUGCAACUAUACUACUGCUGCAGGUUUGAAGAAUAUUUACGAGAAGAGCGAAAAUCUUGUACCUAGUUUCUUGGAAAGCGUAUCAUCUGAUUUGAGAGAUCUGCUGACUCGUCUUCGAAAACGUAACUCAUCCGAUAGAAUAUUUUUCGAAGAUUACUUCAAUCAUCCACAUUUGAUAAAGAGAUCAUCUCCGAUGCGUCCCAAACCGCUUCCCAGUCCUCGUGAAAUGACAGAGCUAAGCAAUUACAUCGAAGUUCGAGAUGAAAAGAAACCUAGCGCUUUACCCAAACCAACCAAAUGUAACCAGUUGAAAAUUUUCAAUAAUAGAUUCAGUUUCAAUAUUUUUAUUAGUUCUGAAACAUCGGAUGAUUUUGUCCUGGUACCUGCUGCUAAUUUACCAAUUGAUGAACAGUGUUGUGAAAUGAAUUCUAGUCCGCCUAUAUGCCCGUCGACUCUAUCCAAUACAGAUACCAAAAAAUAGCUCAUCACCGAAGAAAGUAUAGUGGUAACUUUGAACUGGACGUUUGAUGGGUUGAGCACUUCAGCUUUACGAUCGAAAGUAUAUUUCGCACUUUUUCGAAAAGACGUGAUCAAGUCCUCUAUUCAACCUGUCGCGACUCGUUGGUGAUGGUAAUACUUGAAAAAAUGAACGAUUUUUUGUUAGGGCGAUGAUUUCGGAAUUAUGAUGAGAAAUGUUUCGCAUCUUUCCAAGUUUAGACUUGAUCAGUUCUUUGGGCUCUGUGGAAACCUGUCGCGACUUAUAUGAUGAUGAGUAACAGGUGCAUACCUGAAAAGUUGAACGACUGUUUUUUUGGGUUGAUGAGUUGAGCUUUACAAUCGAAAGUACCUACAUACAUAUGUUUCGCACAUUUUCAAGAAGAUGUGAUCAAGUCCCCUAUUCAACCUGUCGCGACUUGCAUGGUGAUGAGUAUUACUUACUUGAAAAAAUGAACGAUUUUUGUUACGGCGUUGUUUAUUUUGCAUUUGUCUUCGUGAAAAUCGCCGAGUCUUGACGUACCUGAAGAAGAGAAUUUUAUAAAUCACAAGAUGGCGACGAUGCUGUUGGAGAAAUUUCCUUGGCAGCUUUUCUACAUUCAUUGUUUGUGGUUCAAUCUUGGAAGGGAUUUUAAGCAUGAUGGUUAGUUUUAGAUUAAUUUAGAUAUUUAUGUAGUUCAGCAGAUACCUGCAUUGGGUGAUUGCUGCCGAGGUUGGCCUCGAGAUUGCCCAAUCUUGACCAGUGCUGAUGAGUAAUUGAGUAUGAUUCAUUAGUACACACAUAGUGUGAUUGUAUUAGGGGCUGAUACCUGAUGGGUACAAUUUACUCAUUUCGGGUCUCAAUUUAGGAGAGAUUUGGGGUGUGAUGAUUCAUAAUUUUUUAGUAUUCUGUAGAAUACUGCCUAAUGAAUUGUAAUGUUUCAACGGAUUUCAAUUGAAUGUUUUUUCUCGUGAUGUGGAUAUUGGUAGAUACCUGUUACCUACUUACUUAUUGUAUUUGUUCUAAAUAUUUUACCUACGUAUAUAAAUAUCUAAUAUAUAUUUUUUUUUGCCAUGUUUCAUGUAACAUGCUCAUUUCGUCUACCAAAAUCGACGCCGGCGGAAAAAGUGGUUGAUUUCAUAAUGUGAGCUGUCUAAUUCCAAACUAACAAUAAGUAAUACUUCAAAGAAGAGAAGACCGAACUUUCAUAACGAUUCCAAACAUCGUGGAAUACCACGCAGAGAACACAUUUUUGCGAGAAACAACAAGUCAACAUCUCUUCUUACUCAGAGGCUCAUUUAAAUUUAAAUUUUUUGCAUUUGUUAUGUAUACAUAGUUUCAUUACUGAGGUACCUAAAACUUGUAUUGCAGAUGAAAUGAAUGUUACCUUAAAUACUGUCCAAUAUAGAAGUACGCAAUUCA